ACAAGCAUCUAGCAGAAGAAGAUGGACUCUUGACAAGUGAAGUCCCGUGGUUGUGCUAAGCUAGUCGUAAAGUAACCUUACCCGGCAUAGUUUGCUGAUUAAUAUCUAAACGUGUCGUAUCUUUUACACGGUAUAAUCGAAAAUGAUACUUACGGUGAAACCGCUCCAAGGAAAAGAAUGCAGCGUCCAGGUGACUGAAGAUGAAAAGGUCUCCACAGUGAAGGAACUUGUUUCUGAACGUCUCAACAUACCAACAAACCAGCAGCGGUUGCUAUAUAAAGGGAAAGCUCUUGCAGAUGAGCAUAAAUUGAGUGAUUACUCUAUCGGGCCAGAGGCUAAAUUGAAUCUCGUAAUACGUCCGCUGGGAGAGAGGACUGGAGCUUCAGGGCCAGCUGCCAGCUGUAGCAGUAGUACUUCACAGGGAGGAGUGUGGCACACCGUGUCCACUGUUCUUGCUAGACAUUUCAGUCCUGCAGAUGCCGCAAAAGUCCAUGAACAACUUAUCAAGGAUUAUGAGCGCUCCCUUCGACAGCUUAGUCUUGAUGACAUUGAGCGUUUGGCUGGAAGACUGCUUCAUCCGGAUGGCGAGAACAUGGACACGUCAUACAUGGACUGAGAAUGCAUAAUUACAGUUUGUCUUUGUGGCUGUCUUUGGCAAGGUGCCCAGAGAUGCAUAGUGUUUUCAGAUUUUAAGGAAUGGAAAAUAGUCUGGGUUUUCUCCCAGAGAGCUGCUGGUGUGUACCCAAUCGAUGUCUGAGUGAGCAAGGGUAACAAUGACUGUUGAUUCUCUCAGCAAUAGUGCUUUCUCAUCCAGGACCGAAGAACUUGGGUAAGAAAAUUUGGCCAUAUAAAUUUUGGUCCUCGUCAUAUUGAUGUUAAAAUGUUGACAAAGACCUGAUCACACUCAAUGUUUGAAUUCAAAGGAAAUUCAUUACUGCUUUUGUUUCAUGUGGUCUCUGGCUGCUACAUCCCAGGGAGCACUGGUAUUUAUUGUCUGAAGGCUGGUGGCUGGGUGUUUUCUCUACAUUUGAUCCUCUAACUAACUGAUGGUCAGUGUAUGAUUUGUAAAUAUUAUGUUUAUAUCUACCAUAUUAAAAACAUGAAAAUAA